AAACUUUAAACGCUUUCUACACCAAGACAAGGACUCUCCCUCUAUUGCUUGGCUAUUCGCUACUGAGCUUACUGUAGCUACUAGACUGCUACAUGACUGCUCGAGAGCUGCUCGAAUUGCCCGCCAAAAGGCAGAAAAGGGCCAGCAAGUUUCUGCUUGACCCCGUCAAGCCCGACGAUGCUGGCGAUGCUCUGCCCAGUAAGAAGCCGAGCAUCACAAAGCCCGUCUUUGCGGCUGAUUCCGUUCGAUCACGGCUUGGCACAUUUCUGCCAAACCUCAAGGCUGCGAAUGAUGCACUGCCGUCAGACACAUCCUCUAUACAAAUAGAGGCGCCAGAGGAGGCGACAAGUUACAUCGAGAUGGACUUGGGACUCGGUGUUUUGGAAAAGAAGCACACAGACAGCUCAAGUGACGAUUCUGUGGCUGCAGCAGACGAGGGCGCCAUUCUAGGCCAGCUCCUCAAGACAGGUGGUCAGUCAAACAAGCCUGCCAUUGUUGAGAUGCAAAGCUCAGAGGAGAGUGAGGAGGAGCAUGAAGAAAGCGCUGUGCUGCCAGUAGAGCUUCAACUCACGCUGCAUCCAGCGCUGGUACACUACAGGCUGCUCGCGCAUAUUGAUCAUCGCUUGGAGCUUGAGAUCGUCCUGUCUCUCAUGACACGUAUCUUGAAACAGCUGGCGAAACGCUCAAAGGGACAGGUUGGCACCAUCACGCAACUCAAUGUUUUGCAAGAAGAUAUGCUCAAGCUCAUGGCUCGGCGCGAUACGCUGCUAAGAGAAGAACAAAGCGAACUAGUGCUUGAAACGGUCUACUUGGAAGAACUGGACAAACUCAUGCAACUCUGAUAGUGCUACACAGACGCUCUCUUUGUUAACUUUUGAACGAGUGAUAUGUCAUGCAUCGCAAGGAGGCUCGCAUACCAAAUUUGGUCAGCAUCGCCAGGGGCAGAGAUCUACGAAU